AUGAAGUUUUCACUUCUUUCCGCCGCGGUCGCCGCUUCAGCCUUUAUUGGCACAUCGUCCGCCAUCUCCAUCCUCUUGGGUAACGACGAUGGGUUUGGAAGUGCCCAGGUCCGAGAGUUCUAUCGCUUGUUGAAGGAGAGCGGGCAUCAGGUCAUCAUGGUGGCACCAGCCGACAACCAGAGCGGCAUGGGUGGCCGAUCAGUCUUCACCAGCAACAAGUCGCUCGCUGUCAACUCAGAGUUCAACCUCAUCCCGGCUGGAGCACCCUCAAUCGGCCGCGAUCCUAAUGACCCUGAUAUCUGGUACUACAAUGGAACACCAGCUGCCGUCACCUAUGUCUCUCUCGACUAUGUCAUUCCCAACUUCUAUGGCAACCGAUCCAUCGACUUGUAUGUCGGAGGACCAAACUUCGGCCUAAAUCAAGGAUACUUUUAUUACACGCUCUCCGGAACGAUCGCCGGCACCUACGCUGCAAUCCAACGCAACCUGCCCGGCAUCGCCUUCUCGGGUGCCAACAGUGAGCAGCGCUCCUACACGUGGAUCAACAAGACCACGACCUCGGGCUAUCCCGACCCGGCCACCAUUCAAGCGCAACUGGCCACCAACCUGGUCAACCAGCUCGUUAACGCCACUCGUGGGAAGGACCGCAUUCUGCCUCUGGGCUAUGGCCUCAAUGUCAACACCCCGUUUAUCACUUCCUUGACCAACGCCUCCUGCGUCAACCCGCCGUUCAUCCAGACCCGGCUGGGCGGCGGCGGCACGACCGACAAGGCCGUAUGGAACGCCACGUCCGGCAUCUUCUCGUACCAGAACCUGAUCACGGAAGGUAACAACGUGUGCAUCAACGGCAACUGCGCCUUGCCCGGCGAGACUCCCAUCGUCGACAACGGCUGCUUCGGUGCCGUUUCGGUCUUCACGAUCGACACGGAUGCGCCGCUGGGUGCCGCGCAAGACUCGGUCCGAGCAGCACUGCAGCCGUUAGUGGCAUAUGAAAACCCGGACGCCAAGAUGAUGCUGAAGGUCCGGGAGACCGAGAGCAGUGAGUAA